CGCUGCGGCGCCUCCAUGGCCCCCUACCUCGGCGACAUCGCCCGCAUCCUCCAGGCCACCCUCCUCGACCACUAUGCCGAGGUCAGGCGGGAGAGCUGCAGCUGUGCCGUGGCCUGCGCCCGGGCCAUGCCAGAGCACUUCCAUAUGCAGUCAGAGUCUCUGAUAAAACCCCUAAUGCAGACAAUUUCCCACCAACACUACAGAGUUCGUGUUGAUGUGAUUCAGGCUACUGGAGCAGUGAUACAGUUUGGGAAUGGAAAGUCCGUGGAUGAUGUCCUGUCUCAUCUGGCCCAGAGAUUAUUUGAUGAGAUUCCCAAGGUACGGCAUGCUGUAACAACUGUCAUUGGAGAAUGGUUGUUGCACCUACGAGACAGAUACUCUUAUUUUCACAAGUUAAUCCCUCUUUUACUUGGCAGCUUUACUGAUGAAAUUCCUGAAAAUAUGAAACUGGCUUGGACCUACUGGGAAAAGAUAGGCUUGCAAUGGGAGAAAGAGAAUGAAGAAGAUUUGAAGGAUAAGAUGGAUUUUAGUGUUUCACCAUCUCAUUAUCCCAAAGGAGAGACUCGACCAGGACUGGGUUGUCGGGAACUUGUGUCAAGAAACCUCUCCAAAAUUCUGCCAGGUCUCUGUCAUGAUAUAACAGACUGGGUUGAAAGCACAAGGAUCAAAGCAUCCCAACUCCUGUACACAUUAUUGCUGCAUGCAGAGGAUCACAUCACCCAACACAUGGAGCUACUGCUGAGAACUUUGUACCAAGCGUGCUCAGAUGAAGAAAGUGAAGUGGUUAAAAACAGUGUGAAAGCAGCAGAAUUGAUUGGAACGUUUGUCAGCCCUAAGGUUUCUUUGAAAUUAAUCACCCCAGCCUUUGAGCAGACACCCAAAGCAUCCUGUGUGAUGGUUCUGGCUGCAGUGAUCCGAGGUAGCCCAAAAGAAAUCUUACAGCCCCAUGUGACCCAGCUUGGCCACACACUGUCACAGGCUGGAGUCUGUCAGCGAUCUGAAGAGGUCUUUUAUAUGGAGCAGCUGCUUUAUUGUACACAAGCAUUGAUUGAAGUAUGCCAGGAAGACUGCAAAGAAAUUAGCUUGCAGCUCAUGAAAGUUUUGGUGACCAUAAUGGCAAUACCAUCUCAGGACCUUAAAGAAAAGGUGGAGAUAACAAUGUCUUCAUUAGCUGAAGUGCAGCAACUGGAAAGUUUUCAUUGUCUCUACAAGCAGCACAUAAUCCAGCUGCUGGACUGGGUUUCAGUGUCGUGUGAAGGGUGGACUUGCUAUUCCCCAGAAGUGUUGCAGCUCGAGGUCAUCGCAACCCAUUCAGGUGCUGUCAUAGGUGAAGCUCUGGAUGACUUUAUUCUCAUUCUGAAGACGUGUCUCCAGCCAAACAGAGAUCCCCAGAUGAGGCUAAAGCUUUUUACUGUUUUAUCCCAGUUGUUGCAGAAAGCAAGUGAAACCAUCAAUUCUCAGGGGCUGUUCCCUAGCUACCUUGAGACUGUGAUAAAAGACAUCCUGGCUCCUAAUCUGCAGUGGCAUGCUGGAAGAACAGCAGCUGCCAUCCGUGCUACAGCUGUAUUGUGCCUUUGGGCUCUUAUCCACUGUGAAAUGCUUUCACCAAAAGAGAUCUUAAAAGUGAAAGAUGAGCUGAUGCCCCAAGUUAUUGCUUCCAUGGAUGAAGACUCCAAGAUUACUCGACUGAUGGCCUGUCGUAUUGUUGAUGUUUUUCUGAAAGUCUGUGGGAGGCAGUUUGAUGUAGAUAAAUUUAAGAACACUUACACAGAGGUUUUGAAGCGUCUGGAUGAUGCCUCGUGUGAUGUCCGACUGGCAGCUGCUCACACCUUGGCUAAUUGGUUUAAGUGUUUAAAGGACAGUGAUGUGAAAUCCUCAAUGGAAGGUCAUGUUGAGUUUCUGUACCAAGAACUGUUGGUACAUCUCGAUGACCCCGAUGAAAAUCUCCAAAAAGCAGUCCUAGAAGUUUUAAAGGAAGGAAGCAUUUUAUAUCCAGAUCUGCUGGUGAGAGAAAUUGAAGGGGUUGUACAUAAGCAUCAAACACCAGUCUAUUGUAAUCAGCUGCUACAUCACAUUCAGUCAGCCAAGGAAUCAGCUUUAUGAAUCACUGCUGAGAUUCUGUUCAGGAAACUGAUGUGAAAUCUGUAUGACCUGGAUUAUCUUUGUAUUUUUGUUUGCCUAAGAAAGGCUGAGCUGGAAAUAGAUUGUCUUUUCUUUGUAAAUUCACUGUUGGCUCAUUUGAAAGUGAAAUUGGCACAAUUCUCUGUUCUUUGCAGUUUGAACAGUUCUUUAUAUUUCCUAGCAAUAAAACAAUGUUUUAAUUCACUUUGCAUUGGUUUUUCAGAUACAAGGUUUAAAGAAGGAAUGUUUUUUCAGGAAUUUAAUUUUUAGAUUAUUUAAUAAUGUAAUAAUUUAACGUCAGAGUUACUAAUGUAAUACAGCAAGGAUUCAGUCUUUCAGAAAGCAUUUCAAACUGGAUAAAAUCACACUUCACAGAGUCAGGUAUGUAAUGACCAGUUUUAUUAGGAAAAAAAAGCAGCCAAACUUCUCUUUUGUAAUGCAGCAAAGUGUAUAAUGUUUUGAAUAUUCAUAUUUAUGCUAAUAUAAUAGGGACAUAGUAGGUGGCAGUAAAAUAAUAGUUUUUAUUUUUAUUGUAUUACAUUUCAGGACUGAGAGUAAAGCUGAUUUUUU